AUGCCUUCUAUUUAUUUAUCAAUCAUUAAUAAUGGUUCAAGUCUAAAUACAAAACUUGAUGUUAAUUCAAUUACUGAAUUUAUUUAUGAGGUAAUACGUUCUUAUUUUAAAGCAAAAGAAAAGCAUCACAGACGUUCUCGAUAUAAACGUAAUGAAGGAAAUUGGAUCAGAGUUCAAUAUUUAUCAGACUUAAAUGGUUUGGAAACAGUUGUUUUAGAUGAACCACAAGAAAUAUUAUUGAAAAAAGAAUUAGACUCUUUUGUUAAUGACAAAGAAUUUUAUAAAAAAAAUGGUAUCCCCUAUCGAUGCGGCUUUCUUCUAUAUGGUAAACCAGGGACUGGAAAAACUAGUUUAAUAUAUGCCAUAUCAUCUGAUUUAUCACGAGAUCUCUAUUAUCUUAAUCUCAAAGAAAUUAAAAAUGAUAAUGAUAUGAGUGCUGCGUUUAGUUCUGUUCCACUGAAUCAAAUAAUUGUUCUCAAAGAUGUUGAUGCACAAUCAUAUAUUCUUUAUAAAAGGGAUAAUCAGCAAAAUUAUUUUAACUUUAUUUCUGAAGAUUUCCUAAAAGAAAAAGAUGAUUUAUCAAAAUAUAAGGAGCUAUUUUCAUUUAUUAGUUUAUCUAAUUUUCUCGGAUGCUUGGAUGGGCAAAUAUUAUCAGAAGGUACUAUAAUUAUUAUGACAACUAAUCACAUUGAACAUCUUGAUCCCGCAUGGUUAGUAUUCUUUAAUAACAUUUUUGUGAGGCUAGAGAAGUAA